CGCGCCAUGGUCUCGAGGACGCCCACGAAGCCCGCGCCGACGCCGUCGCCGGUGGCCGCCAGGCGCCGCCGGGUGCUCCGCGGCCCCGCCGCCGCCGCCGCGGCGAAGCAGCAGCGGCGGGGGAGCGGGAGCCCCGUGGGGAUCAAGUCGCUGGCCGCCUCGUUCGACAGCUCCCUCCGCGGAUGCCGCCGCCGCCUCCUCAAGCUGUUCGCCCGCCUCGCCGUGCUCGGCUCGCCCGGCAAGCGCCGCGCCGCUGCUGCCGGGUUCCGCCGGCUCCGCUCCUCCUGGACCCCGCCGCCGCCGGCGCCGAGGCCGAAUCAGGUCGCGGCCGCUCCGGCGGCGCUGCCGCUGCCCCUGCCCCUGCCGCCGCCGGAGGAGCCCGGGAGGAGGACGCUGUUCCUGGACCUCGACGAGACGCUCAUCCACUCGCAGACCGACCCGCCGGCGCGGUGCGACUUCACCGUGCGCCCCGUCAUCGGCGGCCAGGCGAUCACCUUCUACGUCGCCAAGCGCCCCGGCGUCGACGCCUUCCUCGCCGCGGCGGCGCGGGGCUUCGACCUCGUCGUCUUCACUGCGGGGCUCCCGGAGUACGCCUCCCUCGUCCUCGACCACCUCGACCCCGCCGGCGUCCUCUUCUCCCACCGCCUCUACCGCGGCGCCUGCCGUGACCCCGGCGACGGGAGGCUCGUCAAAGACCUGGCCGCCACCGGCCGGGAGCUCCACCGCGCCGUCAUCGUCGACGACAACCCGAACGCCUACUCCCUGCAGCCGGAGAACGCCGUCCCGGUGGCGCCGUUCAUCGACGACGCCAACGACCAGGAGCUGGAGAGGGUAAUGGGGAUCUUAGCCAUCGCCGCAGAGUUCGACGACACCCGGGACGCCAUCAAGCACUACAAGGAUCUCGUCGAGGCGACCUGAUGUGAACCCAACGCCAUCGCCGCCGAGAAGGUGUGGCUACUAGCCUACUAAAAAUCGCGUCUUGAAGCUGUUCCAUGAAAAAAAAAAAGGUUCUCCUUUUCUUUGUGAAUUUGGGACUCUGGUGGUGGCGACAACCUUUCAGGAUCUUCCUGAAAGGCAGAUUCUGGAAAUACAUUAUGUAGUUCAUUAGCUUCAGCGCAAACUGAAACUGGAAUUGGAAUUCUAGAGUGUUCUGAAAUUGAAGAACAAAUUUUGUUGGGCAAUGAGCUGUGCUGAUUUAUAUUUGGUGGAAAGUUUUCUGGCAAUGUAAAUUCCAACUCUUAAUUUCUGAAUCAUCAAAAACUUGUAAUUUACAGAUUCUGCAUUUAAGUGAACUUAUA